AUGAACUUGCCCUUCCAAAAAAAGCAACUACAGCGUGGGAACAUAAGUAUCAGGUGUGCUGAAGAGCAUAACACGAGUGAUACUCUGAGUAACAGCUGUGUAAGUUACACACACACUACAACACCAAACCACGCAGCACAGGCACGGUGACUUUGUGCACUCCCUGUGUCCUGCACAGCCCAGCCAUAGGAAGGAACACUCCACACUCCCAGCACAGCCCUUGGGAGUGCAGGAGCUACUGCAGCCACAUGAUACAAACAGUUCAGCCUUGGGGCAGCACAGACCUGAAGCAUCAGAGCAGUUUUCAUCUAAAAUCUGUUACUCUCAGAGAGAGAGCUGGCACCCCUGGUGCCCCUUGCUGUCCAUGUCAGCAAUGCACUCCUUCAGGAGCAUGACAGCCUAAAAAUUGGGAACACAAGUGAGAAACUCCAAGUAUCUGCUGCAGCUUUUGCCAUUGAGCUUCAGCCCAAGCAAGGAGACACUCCUGGCUCUGCACUUCUUCCCCACCCUAACUCCAUUCCUUAGAGGAGGACUCAGCUGCAGCUUUAAAUCCCAGCUGGAUGCUCCUGCCCCUGGUAUUCAUCAUCACCCUCCUGCUCAAUUUGUGUGUGCAAUCCCAGCACAGACACACUCAGCUGUGGCAGCAAUACCUGCUGGUGUACACGAAGGAUCACCAAAUGUACCCCAAACUUCAUAUUCCAGUUUAGAAACAGAAAAUCCUCGAAGCAACAGUGAGAGUGGGAUGCAGGGGAGAAGCAGCAAGGGAAGGAAGCUAACUGGAAAACUGACAGUCCCCAUGCAAGGAGCAGGGAAAUGGGUCUCUUAGGCAUCCCAAGAUUUACAAGAGGGCCAAAAAGUGACUUCCUGCUAUUCAAGUCCAGGCUGAAAUAUAAUAAACGACUGCCAGCAUAACACUGACUCAUAUCCAUCAGAUUUAUAAAUCAGUAUUUCGACAAAGAAAGCUCUGUUGGCUUCACCAUAGACAACUCUAAACCACUCAGAUGUGUUGUUUAACCCACUCAGUGUUCAAUGUCAUUGCAGCAAAACCCAGCUCUUUAUUAAAAACCAGGCAACUGAAAUACUGCCUUCAGAAGCCUGUAUCAGAUAGCCUUUAUGACUUAAAGGCUUGCAGAUUAACAUCAAAACUAGCCCUGCUGCUGGAUUUUUUUUUCUGACUUAUUUAAUCUACAAAGAAAGAAAAGUUCUCACGGCUUCUCCUUCACACACUUGUUCACUACAGAACAAACUGGAAAUACAUUCAAACACCAAAUGGUAACACACCUACAGCUAUGGGGUGCUUGAAAGGAAUGCACGUUGGGUAGAGGUGUGAUUCCUAACCAACAUCACAGCACAUGAGCUUUACUCUUCCCACAAGUGUUGCUCAACCCUCUUCCCAUGAGAAGCAGGGACACCUUUAUGAGCAGACUUGCAUCAGUAUAGCUGCAACCACAUCAAAGGAAGCUCUGCUUCUGGAAUUGAAACUUUUACCACCAAGAUGCAGAAAACUAGGUCCAAUAUUGUUUUCUAAAGCUCCUUAAAAUUCUGCUUCUCUAUUACGGGCCACAGACACACACCGAUACGAUGAAGGCCAAAUUUUGCUGUUUAUGCCCUGUGGAACCACACACACUCCAAGGGCGAGAGGUGCUUAAGUUACGUGUGCACAUUUGAAAAUAUUCUCUAUUAUUCCAGGAUGCUCAGGGUAACCUAUAUUCCACCUGCAUUGCACUGGAGUGCAAACAUUUCCAGCCUCCUUCGACUUACCUGAAGGCCCAUACAUCACUUUCUAAGCCUGUUUGGGUUGGGGUCGUGUACUACACAAACUCAGACAUCACACAAUUGCAUGAUUAAACUGCUUUUCCAUAGGGCACCCUCGGGAAGGCAACGCCGGUGCUGUCACCGUGCAGGAGCAUCCCUGCCCGUGAGCCCUGCGCAGUCCAGGGCAGGGACGAGCUGCCAUGCAGGGAACGGGGGCUGGCGCACGGGGCAGCGCUGGAUGGAGCCGCACAGCCCGAGAGGCUGCAUCUCCCCGCUGUGCAUUCGGGGAGGCGGAGCGGACAACGGCAAAUCGCUCCCGCACACGGAAAACCCGGGCUGCCUCCUUACGGGAGAGCCGCCCCCGCUGCUGCCGCUGCUGCCGCGGUCCCGCUGCAUGGCUCUGUGUGAGCAGCCAGCGUGGGGACAGCGUGGGGACAGGCGGCCGCGGCCCCGUUCUGGCGCCGAGCAUCACCUGGGGGGCGGCCGCUGCUUCCCUCGGGCCGGCCAUCGGCUCCUACCGCACACCCCCCAGCCGCGGUACCCCGGGCCGGGCACGGCAAAUCCCGGCCGCGUUCCCCCCGCGCUGCCGCAGCCCCGCCGAGCCUCCGGAGCCCCCGCCCGGCGCCGCCGCCACGUGCGCGCCCGCCCCGCCCCGGUGCCCCCGCGGCCGCCGCCCCCUCCGCCCGCUCGGGCACCGGCAGCGGCCUCGGGCCCCGCACCUGCCGGGCCGGGCCGAACCGAACCGCGCCGCGCCGCUCACCCAGCAGCAGCAGCCGAGAGGACAGUUCUUUGAAACAGCCUGGUUUGUGGGGAUCUGUCCAUGUGCCACCUGCCAAAAGGAAAAGGAACUCUCUUGAGGACUGUGAAGAAAACAAACG